AUGGCUAGUUCUGACCCCAUUAUUACUACUACUAGCACCACCACAACGCCUUCUUGUAAUAUAAACCUUGCCUGCACCACCAACAUUAGCAAUAGUAGUAGCAAUGUUAAGUUAUACAAAGGUGUGAGGAAGAGGAAAUGGGGGAAAUGGGUAUCUGAGAUAAGGCUACCCAAUAGCCGUGAGAGAAUAUGGUUGGGUUCCUAUGACACGCAAGAGAAGGCUGCUAGAGCCUUCGAUGCAGCACUGUAUUGCUUGCGUGGUCGCCAUGCCACUUUCAAUUUCCCUGACACCCCUCAUAAAGUGGAACUUCAUUGUGUUGGAGUUGGGGACCAAUCACUUUCCCCAGAGGAAAUUCGAGAGGUUGCUGCUAAGUUUGCCAACAACAUGGAGGUGAUUCAAGAACAAGAAGGAGAAGGAGAAGGAGAAGGAGAAACAUCACAACAACAUGGUGCUGAUGAUUUGUUUGAGUCCAACAUUAACACUAGCAUAACAGAGAGCUCUCCAUCAAACUCAUGUUCUUUGAAUGAUUCCUAUGAUAUGGGCUAUGGGGACAUGAGGACCUUGGAUUGGACAAUUUCGGAUAUGUUGGAUGACUUGAAUAAUGGGGUUAAUGCUGUUGGCUCCGAUUUUGGGCUCUAUUAUUCUGGGCCAGAUAAUAAUAUGGAGUACUCGGAUGAGUUAUGUUCAGUUCAACACCCAACACUUUUUGAGGAUGAAAUGGAAGGUGGUGAUGCUUUUUCCAACCAUUCAUUCCUUUGGAGUUGGAGCUUUUGA